UGCAACCCUGCGUUAAAGUAAACUCGGCCAUUUUGCUGAAAUUUCGACGGCGUAUAGAGGCAGGCCGAAGAAUAUCAAAAAUUUUUCUGCUUCAAGAACGAUUUUUGUUGGCAGUAUAAUUAAAAAUUAAUAGUUAAAGUGAUCCUUUCCAAGAAUUGUAUAAAACAAUUAUGGCGCGCUAUACUCAACGUCCCGAAAAUGCCCUGAAAAGGGCGAAUGAAUUCAUUGAAGUUGGAAAGCCAUUGCGAGCUUUGGACACCCUUCAGGAAGUGUUCCGUAACAAACGGUGGAAUUAUGCUUACUCCGAAACUAUUAUUGAACCUCUUAUGUUCAAAUAUUUGUAUUUGUGUGUGGAGCUGAAAAAAUCUCACAUAGCUAAAGAGGGGCUCUUCCAAUAUCGUAACAUGUUCCAAUUGGUGAAUGUGAAUUCCUUGGAAAAUGUAAUUCGUGGCUACUUGCGUAUGGCUGAAGAACAUACUGAAGCAGCUCAGGCUCAGUCUUCAGCAGCAGUUGCUGUUUUGGAGUUAGAUGAUCUUGACAACAUUGCAACGCCGGAGAGCAUAUUAAUGAGCGCUGUGUGUGGAGAAGAUGCUCAAGAUCGUUCCGAUCGUACUAUUCUAUUACCAUGGGUGAAAUUUUUGUGGGAAUCAUACUGCCAGUGUUUGGAGCUUUUGCGUGUAAAUGCACACUGCGAAGCCCUUUACCAUGAUAUCGCAAGAAUGGCCUUUCAGUUUUGUCUAAAAUACAACCGCAAGAGUGAAUUUAGACGGUUAUGCGACAAGUUGCGAAAACACUUGGAAGAUAUAUGUAAGAGUACUACUCAAACUACAGGAGUAUCUAUUACUAAAGUUGAAACCCAACAGCUGUGCUUGGAUACUAGGCUUUAUCAGUUGGACUCCGCCAUACAAAUGGAAUUAUGGCAAGAGGCUUACAAAGCAAUUGAGGACAUCCAUGGUUUAAUGGCACUUUCAAAGAAGACACCGGUCCCCAAAACAAUGGCAAACUAUUAUCAAAAAUUGGCAAUGGUGUUUUCAAAGGCUGGAAAUCAGCUUUUCCAUGCAGCUGCUUUGCUAAAGCUUUUCCAAUUAACUCGUGAAUUAAAAAAGAAUUUAACUAAGGAUGAUAUGCAACGUAUGGCAUCUCAUGUUCUUAUUGCAACUGUUUCUAUUCCACUGCCAUCAGCCCAUCCGGAAUUCGAUCGUUUUAUUGAAGCCGAUAAAAGUCCCCUAGAAAAGGCUCAAAAAUUAGCUGUGCUGCUUGGACUUCAGCAACCACCAACCAGAGCAUCAUUGAUUAAAGAAGUUGUACGGUUGAAUGUUCCGCAGUUAGCUUCUGAGGAGUUUAGAAAUUUGUACAACUGGUUAGAAGUUGACUUUAACCCGUUGAAUUUAUGUAAUCGUGUACAAACCAUAAUUGAUGUAAUUGAAAGUGCCCCACCAGAAAACAACUUGCUCGCUCCUUAUAUCAAAUCAUUGAAAGAUGUCACAAUCAUGCGGUUGAUUAGACAAAUUUCCCAAGUUUAUCAGAGUAUUGAGUUUAGCCGAUUAUUGCAAUUAGCUUCAUUUUGUAAUAUUUUUGAGCUAGAAAAGUUGCUUGUAGAAUCGGUGCGCCAUAAUGAUAUGCAAAUUCGUAUUGAUCACCAAAAGAGAUGCAUUUACUUUGGUACCGAUUUGACCGAAAGUCAAAGGGAAGAUCACCCUGACGGCCCUACUCUACAGUCAAUGCCAUCUGAACAAAUUCGAUCCCAAUUGGUUAACAUGGCAACUGUUUUGAAUCGCGCUGUAUCGGUUGUGUAUCCGAAUCGGGAUAAAGAACAACUCUCCAAGUUGCGCGCUCAGAUGGUAUACCAUUACCAUGAGAUUAAAGAUCGUGAGCAUCAACGCAUUUUGCAGCGUCAAAAGAUCAUCGAAGACCGUAAAGAGUUUAUUGAAAAACAAAAUAAUGCUCGUGAGGAGGAAGAAGCGCGUCGACUAGAAGAAGAAACCCGUAAGGCUAAAUUGGCGGAACAAAAGCGUUUGGAGCAGGAAAAUGAAGAACGUGAACGCAAGCGUCAUCAAAAUGAGAUUGAAGCCAUAAAGGUUAAAAGUCUCAAGGAUAAAAUGCAGCAGAUAUCCCAAACGGCUCAUGGUAAAAAGAUGCUUUCUAAGCUGGAUGAGGAAAGUAUCAAAAAGUUGGAUGCAGAACAGAUUGCAGCAAAGGAAUCUGAGGAAUUACAGCGUGAACGUAAGGAACUGCAAUCCAAACUUAAAUCCCAAGAGAAAAAGAUCGAUUACUUUGAGCGCGCUAAGCGAAUGGAGGAAAUCCCACUUUUCGAAAAAUACUUGGCAGAGAAACAAGUAAAGGAUAAAGAGUUUUGGGAAGCACAAGAACAACAACGUAUAGAGAAUGCAAUUACUGAACGAAAAGAUGCUGUCGCACAACAGGAGCGCUUGAAACGCAUGUACGAAGAUCGAGACGUCUUCCUGGAGGCAUUGAAAAAGGAGCGAGCUUCGUUAUACGUCGAUAAGUUAAAGAAAUUCGAAGUCGCUUUAACUGAAGAACGUAAGCGCCUAUUAGCACUCCGCGUUGACAUGCGUCGUCAGGAACGCCGCCGCCAAUGGUUACGUGAAAAAGAAGAGGAACGUAUGCGUAAGGAAGAAGAAAUUCGUAGAGUAAAGGAGGAAGAAGAACGCGCUAUUGUCGAAGCUUUACGGAAGGAGCGCGAAGCCGAAGAGGAGAAACGUCGCAUUCAAUAUGAAAAACAACGUGCUAAGGAAGAGGAAGCUGAGCGCCGUAUUCAAGAGGAACGUGAACGCUUAUCAAGGGAAGUUUCAUCUACCGGUGAGAAGGACCGAGACCAUUGGCGCUUAAGAGGUGAACGCGGUGAUCGCAGCGAUCGCAUUGAACGGGGUGAUCGCAUCGAACGCAACGAUCGUGGGGAACGCUCAAAUGCAUCUAACACAGAGUGGCGUCGUGAACGUCCUGAACGCAGUGAGCGCGUGGAACGCAGUGAUCGUAUAGAGCGCGGAGAUCGCAUUGAGCGCGGAGAUCGCAUUGAGCGUGGAGAUCGCAUUGAGCGUGGAGAUCGCAUUGAGCGCGGUGAUCGCGUUGAACGUGGUGACCGCAUUGACCGCCCUGAACGUGGCGACCGUUUUGAGCGCAAGGAUGUCGAAGGUGGCGGAUCAGACUCUUGGCGCGUUCGCAGGGAACCUGAUCCAGCAAAUGCACCACGUGGUGGAGCUCCAGGUGGUGUACGCGACAAUCGCGAUAAUCGUGAAACUCGAGAAGGACGGGAUGGCACGGAUAAGUGGCGUCGUGGGAACACUGGUGCCGGAAGUCAACCAAGACGUGAUGAUCGAGAGAGCCGUGACGGAGGUGGCAACUGGCGAGAUGCCCCACGCAAUGAACGUGACCGUGAUAAUCGCGAUAUGCGUGACAACCGACGUCGCGAUGAUCGUGGCGACCGGCGAGAUCGUGACCGUGCUGUUGGUGGAGCUGCGAAGGAUUCUGGUAAUUGGAGAAUGGAACGUCCCUCUGCUCGGGACGAUAAAGAGAAAAGUGCACCUAAACGCGAGCCACAAGAAAAAGAGAACAAAAACUCUGACGAUGGCGAAUGGACAAAUGUCAGGCGCCGUUAAACCAGAUAUUUACGUUCUCUGGUUAAACAGUGCUAAGUUUGAUAACACUAAAAAUCGCGACUGCACAUUCUGCACCUACCACUUAUAUUCAUAAAUUACAAAACUACAAUAUUUGUAUGCUGUGCUUUGUGUUUCGUGUUACCACUAUUGAAUAUUAUUAUUAACAUUUAAAAAAUAUUUGCUGUGGAAAUUAGAAAGGCAUACGUUUUUGCAAAUACUUUAUAAUUAUCAAUAAAUAAAUCAAUAUAAAAAUGAA